GUGUGUCAGUAAAUAAAAACAAGUCAGCGCACGAAGGAUUCUUCCUUGCUUCUCAACCUUGUCGUUCCUUGUUCGAUAUCGUGCAUACUAGUGAUCCUCCACGAUGCCUGGACCUUACCGGAGAAAGAAGUCUAACAGAAAAUACACCGGUUUCGGCAAGGAUCUGAAGACGAAGCAUCGUUCGAAGGACCUCGACGAGAUAACUGAAGAUCUCAAACCGGUCAACGUCGAGUCCAUGAUACGUCAAAAGAUCGACUAUGACUUGCCCGGUGCCGGUCAGAGCUACUGUGUACAUUGCGCCAAACACUUCAUAUCAGAGAAAGCUCUCCGGGAGCAUCUGACGAGUAAACCUCAUAAGCGAAGACUGAAAGCACUCGAAGACGAGCCGUACUCUAUAGAGGAGAGCGAGCGUGCGGCAGGGAUGGGGAAUUACAUCAUGCCGAAGAAACGAAAAGUUAUAGAUCACGACGAAAUUCUGGACGAACUCGAGGAGAAGGCCUCCUCCAUGUUGGAGGAAGAGAGUGGAACUGUAGAGCCGAAAACUGUCGAUUCCGAGGAGACAGUGGUGAAAUAAACGUUGUUGAUUUUCCUU